UUAUCUUUUUCUUCUUUUUUUUUUUUUUUUUCUCCUUUUUUUUUUUGGGUUCUACAAAACUGUUGUUGUUGAACGACAAGCAUGGAACCAGAGGAAACCCUAAGAGCAAGUACGAGGACGAAGGAUUUGCCUUCUUAAAAAAAGACCAGUCACUCAAAACUCUGUCGUUUUCAACCUUCCAAGUCUCCUGUGUGUAAUAUACCAAGUUUGGAGUUUGUUUGAGGAGCAAAAAUGUCGUCUUUGAGCAGAGAAUUGGUGUUUCUGAUCCUUCAAUUCCUUGAGGAAGAGAAAUUUAAAGAGUCUGUACACAGACUAGAACAGGAAUCUGGAUUUUUUUUCAACAUGAAGUAUUUUGAAGAGAAAGCGUUGGCUGGGGAAUGGGACGAAGUGGAGAGGUAUCUUUCUGGGUUCACCAAAGUGGACGAUAACCGCUAUUCCAUGAAGAUUUUCUUCGAGAUUAGAAAGCAGAAGUAUCUGGAAGCUCUCGACAGGAAUGACAGAGCAAAAGCUGUAGAGAUAUUGGCAAAGGAUUUGAAAAUAUUUUCGACAUUUAAUGAGGAAUUAUACAAAGAAAUAACACAGCUUUUGACGCUAGAGAACUUCAGGGAAAAUGAGCAGUUGUCUAAAUAUGGUGAUACAAAAUCAGCUCGAAGCAUAAUGUUGUUAGAGUUAAAAAAAUUGAUUGAAGCAAAUCCUCUGUUUCGAGACAAGCUUGUUUUUCCCACUUUGAAGGCUUCCCGCUUGCGAACUCUGAUUAAUCAAAGUUUAAAUUGGCAGCAUCAGCUCUGCAAGAACCCAAGGCAAAAUCCCGACAUUAAAACUUUAUUCACCGACCAUACAUGUUCUCCUCCAAAUGGGGCUCGGGCACCUACCCCAGUCAACCUUCCUGUUGCAGCACUUGCAAAGCCUUCAAAUUAUGCUCCUCUUGGAGCACAUGGUGGUCCUUUCCAACAAGCUGCAGCAGCUCCUAAUGCUAAUGCAUUAGCAGGAUGGAUGGUGAAUGCCAAUCCUUCCUCAUCUGUGCAAUCAGCUGCUAUCGCUGCUUCAUCAUUAACUGUUCAACCCAGUCAAGCUUCUGUCUUAAAACGUCCACGAACGCCUGUGAAUGCUCUUGGAAUUACUGAUUAUACAGGCACCGAACAUGAGCAACUAAUCAAACGUUUGCGGUCUGCACAAUCUGUUGAUGAGGUCACAUAUCCUGCUCCUCAACUCCAUUCCUGGUCAGUUGAUGAGCUGCCAAGAACUGUUGCUUGUACCUUGCAUCAGGGAUCCACAGUGACAAGCAUGGAUUUCCAUCCUUCUCAUCACACUAUACUUGCUGUUGGCUGUGCCAAUGGUGAAAUGACAUUAUGGGAUGUUGGACUGCGAGAGAGGCUGGUAUCAAAGCCAUUCAAGAUAUGGGAUAUGGCUACUUGUUCUGGGCAAUUUCAGGCUUUGAUUGUCAAAGAUUCAUCAAUAUCUGUCAGCCGUGUUUCUUGGAGUCCUGAUGGAAACUUAAUUGGUGUUGCUUUUUCAAAACAUUUGAUUCAUUUGUAUGCCAACCAAGGCUUGCAUGAUCUACGUCAGCAUUUGGAGAUUGAUGCUCAUGCCGGUGGUGUGAAUGAUCUGGCAUUCUCUCAUCCAAACAAGCAGUUAUGUAUCAUAACUUGUGGUGAUGAUAAGUUGAUAAAGGUUUGGGAUUUGGCUGGAAGAAAGCUUUUUAGCUUUGAAGGUCAUGAAGCACCUGUUUAUUCUGUUUGCCCCCAUCAGAAGGAAAAUAUUCAGUUUAUAUUUUCCACUGCUGUCGAUGGAAAAAUAAAAGCUUGGCUAUAUGACACUGUGGGGUCCAGGGUUGAUUAUGAUGCUCCUGGACAGUGGUGCACCACAAUGCUCUAUAGUGCUGAUGGAAGUAGAUUAUUCUCAUGCGGAACUAGCAAAGAUGGUGAUUCAUUCCUUGUAGAAUGGAAUGAAAGUGAAGGAGCAAUAAAAAGGUCGUACUCAGGGUUCAGAAAGAAAUCUGCUGGCAUAGUGCAAUUUGACACAACAAAAAAUCAUUUUUUGGCGGUCGGUGAAGAUAACCAGAUAAAAUUUUGGGAUAUGGACAAUACAAAUGUUCUUGCAAGUACCGAUGCUGAGGGUGGACUUCCGAGUCUUCCCCGAUUGAGGUUUAACAAGGAAGGGAGUCUUCUUGUUGUCAACACAUCUAAUAAUGGAUUCAAGGUUCUUGCAAAUGCUGAUGGUCUCAGGUCAUUGAGAGCAAUUGAAGCUCGAUCUUAUGAUACAUCUAGAGCAACUAAUGAGAUGAAGGUAUCUAGUUCUGCUGUGGCUGUGAACAACAAUCUAGUCAUUAGUAAAGUGGACUUUAUGGAAAGCUCUCCUGCCAGACCCACUUCCAUUCAUAAUGAAGUUGAACCUAUGAGAAAAAGCAUAGAAAAGCCGAGAGGUUUGGAUGAUGUAUCUGAUAAAACUAAACCUUGGGAAUUGACUGAAAUAGUGGACCGUGUUCAAUGCCGAGUUGUCACCAUGCCAGAUGGCAUGGGUCCUGGUAACAAGGUUGCCCGGCUCCUUUACACAAACUAUGGUACUGGCGUUCUGGCUCUUGGUUCAGAUGGAGUUCAGAAGUUGUGGAAGUGGCAUCGCAGUGAACAAAAUCCAAAUGGAAAGGCAACUGCAAGUGUUGUUCCCCAACAUUGGCAACCAAACAGUGGUCUUCUAAUGACUAAUGAUGUCCCAGACAAUGUUGAAGAAAAAUUUCCAUGCAUAGCACUCUCAAAGAAUGAUUCUUAUGUGAUGUCUGCAUGUGGGGGAAAGGUUUCGCUAUUCAAUAUGAUGACAUUUAAGGUAAUGACAACUUUCAUGCCGCCUCCACCAACUUCAACCUUUCUGGCAUUUCAUCCUUUGGAUAAUAACAUCAUAGCAAUUGGAAUGGAAGAUUCAACCAUCCACAUUUACAAUGUUAGGGUGGAUGAGGUCAAAACCAAAUUGAAAGGUCAUCAGAAGCGCAUUACUGGUUUAGCAUUUUCUGUUGACCUUGACAUCUUGGUUUCAGCUGGUGCUGAUGCUCAGUUAUUUUUUUGGAGUUCUGAUACAUGGGAUAGGAAAAAAAUGAUUCCAAUUCAACUGCCUAGUGGAAAGGCACCUGUUGGUGACACACGAGUGCAGUUCUAUUCAGAUCAAGUUCGGUUGUUGGUGUGCCAUGAGACACAACUAGCACUAUAUGAUGCUUACAAGACAGAACUUCUUCAACAGUGGGUGCCCCAGGAUGUACUGUCUGCCCCCUUAACUUGUGCAUCAUAUUCCUUAGCCAGUCAGCUCGUUUAUGCAACUUUUGCUGAUGGUAACAUUGGAGUUUUCGAUGCUGAUAGUCUGAAAUUAAGAUGUCGGAUUGCCCCAUCUGCAUACUUAUCACAGUCAUUGUCAAACAGCCAAACUGCAUACCCGCUAGUCGUUACAGCACACCCACAGGAGCCACAUCAAUUGGCUGUUGGACUCACAGAUGGAGCUGUUAAGGUUAUAGAGCCCUCGGAAACCGAGGGGAAGUGGGGAGUUACAGUGCCUGUUGAUAUUGGAUUGCAGAAUGGAAGAACAGUCUCAUCUUCCACGGCUUCUUAGCAGUUCCAAUAAUCAAAUUUCAUGUGUUGAUCAUAUGUUGUUUUAUGGGAUAACUAAUGUGUAAUUAUUUCUUCAAAAAUAAUCUCUCCUUUUUGUUUAGUAGUAGAUGGAAAAUGCUCAAAUUGUAACUUAUAUGCAACUUUAUUGUCAUCUUUGGUGCAUUGUGCUACAAAAUACUUAUUUGUAAAACAAGAUUAGAAAGGGCAUGCAAGUCACUGGAAGCAAACAUUGGUGUUAUUAUUCCCAAGCAACAAAGAUUAAGCAUUUCUCGUC